AUGCCCAAGUCGAAGCGGGCCAAGGUCGUCCACCUCACCCAGGUGGCCAAGAAGACGCGCGAGCACAAGGACAAGCUCUUCCAGUGCAUCCGCGACGCCGUCCCCAACUACCAGCACUGCUUCGUCUUCAGCGUCGACAACAUGCGCAACAGUUACCUCAAGGACGUCCGCCGCGAGCUCUCCGACUGCCGCCUCUUCUUCGGCAAGACCAAGCUCAUGGCAAAGGCCCUUGGCCAGAGCCCCUCCGAGGCCAUCGCCCCGGGCAUCGACGACCUCACCCAGUACAUUGCCGGCAACGUCGGCCUGCUGCUCACAAAUCGCCCCGCCUCGGACGUGACCGACUAUUUUGCCCGCCUCGCAAAGGUCGACUUUGCCCGCGCCGGCGUCACCGCCUCGCGCUCCUUCACCAUCCCCUCCGGCAUCGUCUACGCCACCGCUGGCGAGGUCCCUGCCGAGCACGACGUCCCCCUCGAGCACUCCAUCGAGCCUGAGCUGAGGAGGCUAGGCGUCCCGACUCGCAUGGUCAAGGGCAAGGUCGUCUUGGGCGACGAGUCUGGCGAGGGCGAGGGCUACCUUGUUUGCAAAGAGGGCGAGCUGCUGGACUCGAGGCAGACGAGGCUUCUCAAAAUGUUUAGCGUCUGCCUAAGCGAGUUCAGAGUCAAGGUCCUGGCUCACUGGAGUGCUGCAAGCGGGGAGGUUACUGAAGUCGUCCAGCCAACUAUGGAGGGAAUAGAGGAAAGUUGA